CUUCCUUGGCUACACCGAUGAGGCACUUGUGUCCACCGACUUUGAGACUUGCCCCAUUUCUUGCACCUUUGAUGCCAAGGCCGGCAUCAUGUUGGACCCUACCUUCGUGAAGGUGGUGUGCUGGUAUGACAACGAGUGGGGCUACUCGUCGCGUGUGGUCGACCUCAUCAAGCACAUGGCCAAGGAGGAUGCCAAGGCAUGAGCACAGGGAAGCACUGACACAAGCGCAGCUGUAGAUUUUCUUGCAAUGUAGAGUGCAAGUCUCACUCCCCUUGCCAUUGGGCAAAUUUUCCUCCUUUGCUCUUGAUUUAAGAGAUGUUUGUUCCGGCCACUUCGUUGAAUGUUCGCAAACAUGGGGCUGCAUCAGACAAGAGUCUUGUCUCUGUCGUGGUUGUUGUUUGUUUGUGUGAUGGUUGGUUGAGGAUGGUUGAGGUUGUGUUUAUGUUAUCGAUAAUGUUUUGAGCAGCAGGUGCCACUCACUGUGUUGCUAUCUCUUAUGUCUUCGGUGUUAUUGCUGGGAAGUGCUGGGUUGAAGAGUUCAAUCCUUCUAGGAUUCUGGGUUGAACAAAGAGAACCUCCAGCGCUUUGUUGAAGCUUUCAAUGAAGUUACUUGUCAUUGUUGGAUUUUGUGAAGAACUGCUCAGCAUUUUGCUCGGUUCAGUGUCCUUGAUUUGAUCUACUUCGUCCAACAAUGCCUUCCGUGGCGGAGAACAUGGCCCUCAUCGUUGGUGGUGCUGUGGCCGGCACAGCCUUGACCAGCGCCUUUGUGGCCCCAGGACCUGUGGCUGAACCCAAGAGUAACCUGCGUGCAGCAGGCUAUGCCAAGACUUCCCAGUCUUCUCAAUCCAUGGGAGCCAUGGCUGGAGUGGGAGCUGUGGCUGGCCUUGUGGCAGCCGGUGCAGUCGGCAAGCGUGCAGGAAGGAACCGUACCUCCAUGCAGGCUGUGGGUGUGGGAAUCAACGGCUUCGGCCGCAUUGGUCGCCAGGUGGCCCGCAUUGCCAUGAAGGAUCCUGAGGUUGAGCUGAAGCUCAUCAACGCCAGCUACGACUCGGAUUAUUUGGCUUACAUGAUGAAAUAUGACACUAUUCAUGGCAAGUACGAUGGAACUGUGGAGGCUGAUGGUGAUUCCCUGGUGGUUGAUGGCCAGAAGAUUGCUCUGUCCCACACCCGCGACCCAGCAGAGAUUCCUUUCGGUGAGCACGGGGCGGAGUACGUGUGCGAAUCCACUGGAGUUUUCCUCACAACAGACAAGGUGCAGGGUCACUUGAAGGCUGGCGCCAAGAAGGUGAUCUUCUCUGCUCCUGCGAAGGAUGACUCCCACACCAUUGUCAUGGGUGUGAAUGAGGGCACUUACGACCCAUCCAUGGAGGCCGUGUCCUGCGCCUCCUGCACCACCAACGGCCUUGCCCCGGCAGUGCGCGUCCUGCAGGAGAAGUGGGGCAUCAAGCGUGGAUUGAUGACCACUUGCCAUGCCAUGACCGCCUCCCAGCCUACCGUGGACGGCACUUCUAAGAAGGACUGGCGUGGUGGCCGUGCUGGCCCAGGCAACAUCAUUCCCAGCAGCACUGGCGCUGCCAAGGCGGUUGCCAAGGUUAUCCCCGAAGUCAAGGGAAAGCUCACUGGCAUGGCCCUCCGUGUCCCGACCAUUGAUGUCUCCGUGGUGGAUCUCACCGUCGAGUUGGAGAAGGAGACCACCUACGAGGAGAUUUGCGCUGAGAUGAAGAAGCGCGCUGACGGAGACAUGAAGGGCUUCCUUGGCUACACCGAUGAGGCACUUGUGUCCACCGACUUUGAGACUUGCCCCAUUUCUUGCACCUUUGAUGCCAAGGCCGGCAUCAUGUUGGACCCUACCUUCGUGAAGGUGGUGUGCUGGUAUGACAACGAGUGGGGCUACUC